CAGUCUGCAGGUGUUGAGUGGAGGGCGCGGGUUGUGUUAGGGGGGGCUGUGAGUAGCGAGCGUGGGGAGAGAGAGGAGGAGGAGGGGGGCCCGCCGCGUCUCCAUGCGCCGCCGGAGGUAGAGGCGGGCUGCAGGGCUCUGCGGCGGCGAGGAGGAGGAGGCGAUCUCGGCCAUGUCGGACUCCAAGGUGAAGGUGGCGGUGCGGGUGCGGCCUCUCAACAAGAGAGAGCUGUCUGGGAACACCCGCUGCGUGGUGGACAUGGUGGAUACCCAGACUGUGCUGUCACCUCCGACCCUCGGCACGGCCGACACCAGUUACCACAACGAUGCUCGCAAACAGGCAAAGACGUUCAGGUUUGACUACUGCUUCUGGUCCAUUGACGAGACGAACAAGGAGAAGUUCUCUGGGCAAGACGUGGUCUUCCAGUGCCUGGGGGAAGACCUCCUAGAUAACGCAUUUGAUGGCUACAAUGCGUGCAUCUUCGCCUAUGGGCAAACCGGCUCGGGCAAGUCGUACACGAUGAUGGGCACCGCGGAACAGCCGGGGCUCAUCCCGCGCCUGUGCUGCGAACUCUUCCAGCGGCGCGAGCGCCUGCAGAGCGCCGACCUCUCCUGCAAGCUGGAGGUCUCCUACCUGGAGAUCUACAACGAGCGCGUGCGCGACCUCCUCGACCCCAAGGGGAGUCAAACGGCACUCAAGGUCCGCGAGCACCAGAUAUUCGGUCCGUACGUCGAUGGCCUUUCCCAGCUGGCUGUGACAUCUUACCAGGACAUCGACUCGCUGAUGUCGGAGGGGAACAAGUCGCGGACGGUCGCGGCGACGAACAUGAACGAGGAGAGCAGCCGCUCGCACGCCGUGUUCACCAUCACGCUCACCCAGACGCUCACCGACCUCGCCUCGGGGACAUCUGGUGAGAAGGUCAGCAAGAUAAGUCUGGUGGACCUGGCAGGGAGCGAGCGCGCCUCCAAAACCGGGGCAGCUGGGGACCGUCUCAUAGAGGGCAGCAACAUCAACAAGUCUCUCUCCACGCUGGGAUUGGUUAUUUCUUCGCUCGCUGACCAGGCGGCUGGGAAGAACAAGAAUAAGUUUGUGCCGUACCGCGACUCUGUGCUCACCUGGCUCCUAAAGGACAACCUGGGCGGGAACAGCCGCACGGCAAUGGUGGCCACGGUGAGCCCCUCCGCCGACAACUACGAGGAGACGCUGUCGACGCUGCGCUACGCCGACCGCGCCAAGCGCAUCGUCAACCACGCCGUCGUCAACGAGGACCCCAACGCCCGCAUCAUCCGCGAGCUACGCGACGAGGUGGACAAGCUGAGGGGCCAGCUCAACCAGGCCGAGUCCAUGAAGGCCCCGGAGCUGCAGGAGCGACUGCAGGAGAGCGAGAAGCUGAUGAAGGAGAUGACCGUCACUUGGGAGCAGAAGCUACGCAAAACCGAGGAGGUUGCACAGGAACGGCAGCGGCAGCUGGAGAGCCUCGGAAUCUCUCUGGCCUCCUCGGGCAUCAAGGUGGGCGACGACAAGAGCUUCCUGGUCAACCUCAACGCAGACCCGGCCCUCAACGAGCUGCUGGUCUACUACCUUAAGGAGCACACCCUGGUGGGGGCGGACGACUCGCAGGACGUGCAGCUGUGUGGCCUGGGCAUCCUGGCGCAGCACUGCACCAUCACCAUGGACGGCGAGGGCACGGUCACCCUGACCCCGCGGGAGGGGGCACGGACGUGUGUGAACGGUGCCGCCGUGACGGUGUCCACAAAGCUGUGGCACGGUGACCGCAUCCUUUGGGGCAACAACCACUUCUUCAGGGUGAACCUGCCGCGGUGCCACCGUGAGCGGAGGGCCGCGAGCCCCGCGGCGACGGGCUUUCCCGGCUGGAGCGGAGAGGCGGCUGCCGGGAAAGGCCAAGAGCCGGAGGAGUGGGAGGACCCGGCGGAGGGUCGAGGGCUGGCCCAGGACUCGCCCGAACCCCCCUGCACCUUCGAGUUUGCUCAGAUGGAGGUGAUCGCGCAGACUCCGACGUCGAGCAGCGCGCGCGUGGAGGUGGAGAGCGUGGUGCGCACGCUGGAGCGUCAGUACGAGCAGGACAAGGAGGCGGCGCUGCUCGAGCAGAGGGCCAUGUACGAGACGGAGCUGCGCUCGCUGCGGGAGGCGCUGGCGCCCGAGAGGCACGCGGGGCCCGGCGCGCGCCACGGGGCCUCCCCGCGCCUCUCCAUGCUGCCCAGCACGCAGCACCGCCUCAGCCUGUGGGCCCAGGAGAGGGAUGAACAGUUCAGGCAGAGCCUGGCGCGACUGCGCGAGCAGAUCGUGCGUGCCGACGCCCUCGUGUGGGAGGCGAACCUGCUGAGCGAGGAGAUGAGCAGAUGCACCGACUUCCAGGUGACGCUGCAGAUUCCCGCCGGCAGCCUUCGCGCCCACAGCAAGCGCGGCAUGCUGGUGAGCGAGCCGGCGGUGCAGGUGCGGCGGCAGGGGCAGGGCACGCAGCUGUGGUCGCUGGAGAAGCUGGAGAAUCGGCUCGUGGUGAUGCGGGAUCUCUACCAGAACUGGAAGCAGAGCAACUACGACCCAUUGGGCGCGGGGGCGCGCGGCGCGGACGACCCCUUCUUCGAGGCGCAGGUGGAGCACGACCUCAUCGGCGUGGCCAACCUCUUCCUGGAGAGCCUGAUGCACGACGUGCGGCUCGCCUACGCCGCGCCCAUCGUCAACCAGCAGGGCGAGGUUGCAGGCCGCCUGCACAUGGAGCUGCAGCGGGUGAGCGGGCCGGACCCUGACCGCAUGGCAGGCGGGGAUGACCCCUCGGAUGAGUCGGAUGGCAGCAGCGACAGUGGGGACGCCGGCUUUAUCCGCCAGCUGGUCUUCAAGGUGCGCAUCAAGGAGGCGGUGGGGCUACCGGCCGAGCUCGCUCACUUCGUGUUCUGCCAGUACUCGGUGUGGGGCCACAAGCAGGUCGUGACGGUGCCGCCCCAGAUCAACCCCGACUCUCCGUCCCCCGUGGCCUGCUCAGGCCCGGCCACGGUCCGCUUCGACCACACUCAGGAGUUCUCGCUGCCAGUGUCGGAGGAGCUGCAGGACGUGCUCACAGAGGAGGCACUCUCCGUGGACGUUUGGGGCCACCGGCUCGGUGCCAGCCAGAUUGGCCACGAGGUGCCUCAGUGGGAGCCCACGGUCCUGCAGGAAAAAACGAGGUCCCUGCAAGACAGGUGGAGCGACGUGACGCGCCGCGUGGAGCUCUGGGUGCAGGUGCAGGAGGUGAGCGAGCAGGGCGACUACGUCCCCGUGGAGGUCCGCGGCGACGCGCACCGGUCCACGGGCGGCGUGUUCGCCCUGCGGCAGGGGCGCUCGCGCCGCGUGCUGGCGCGAGUCAGCCCCGUGCAGGGCUCCGGCAACCUGCCCAUCGUGCCCGAGAGCAUCCUCUCCGUGUCCGUGGGCUGCAUCGAGGCGCGCAGCACCAAGGGCGCCGGCUCGCAGAAGGACCGUGAAGACGUGGACAGUUACCAGGAGGACGGGCUGCUGGCGUUGCGCGAGCGGUGGUCGGAGGCGUUGUCAGUGAGACGGGAAUACCUGGACGCUGAGAUACAGGAGCUCGUCGCUAAACCAGACAAGUCGGAGGUGGAGAAGGAGAGGGAGUCGCGGCUCGUGUCCCAGUGGGUCGGCCUCACGGAGGAGCGCAACGCCGUCCUGGUCCCCGCCCCGGGCAGCGGAGUGCCCGGGGCCCCCGCCGAGGGGACGCCGGCCCCUGGUAUGGAGCAGCAUUUUCCGGUGCUCUUCCUGGAUCUGAACGAGGACUUGAGCUGCGGUGAGAACUUUUCGGAGGAGUCGCUGCCGGGCCUCACUGCGUUCCUGCCCGGGGAGUACGGGAGCCAGUUCUAUUACCUGCCCAUCGUGCGCCACGACGACGAUCAGGUGCAGGUGGUGGCAUCAUGGGACGCGUCCGUGCACGACUCGCCGCACCUUAACCGCGUCACUCCUCCCAACGAGGUCGUUUACGCCAUCAUCAAGGUGACGGUGCAGAUGAGCGCCCCGUCGAGCGUGGAGGUCGUCCUCCGCAAGAGGAUCUGCCUCACCGUUGGAGCGAAGCCGAGCAUUGGCCAAUACCUCAAGCGCCGCAUGUCCUUUAAGGGUUCCGUGCUGCAGGCCAGCGCAGUUACCUACGAGGUGGUCUCCAACAUCCCCAAGGCGUCGGAGCAGUGGGAGGACGGCGCGGCGCUCGCUCUCCUGGCCGCGCGGGGCGAGGGCGGCGAGGACGGAGAGAGCUACAUGGACAAGUACACGCGGCGCAUCCUGGCGCUCGGAAACCUGCUCAACAUGGAGCGGCUGAGACAGGAGGUGGCUCUGAUGGAGUGUCUGACAGCCAAGGGGAAGCACGUUCGCAAGAGCUGCAGUACCCCGAACGUGCACGCGCUCUCUGGGAGCCGUCUGGACCUGAGCAGUGGCUACGAGGAUGAAGACAGUAAGCGAUUCCCCGGCAGCACCCUGGAGCUCUCGUCAGCAAUGCGACGCAGCUGCCAGGAGCUGUCGCCGCCGCAGAACGCUGCCUCCGCCCGCACGUCCACCCCCCACAUGGGACAAGAGUGGGGGGCAGCGGAGGGGUCCCCCGUGGGGUCCCGGCCAAGCCCUCGCUACCUCAAGCCCCUCACGCCACUCCGGCAGAACCAGCUCAUAUCCCCGCCCAAGAUCGCCAAAGAGGAGCGCACCUCCUCCCGCCUGGGCGCCCUCAGCGGGAGCAGAGACCGGCUGCCGCCGCCGCCGCACCCUGAGGUCCCGGCGGCCGCCGGCGGCGCCCCCCCCGCAACCCUGGCGCGGCCGGCCGCGUCGGGGGCCUCGAGGCCGAGGACGGCCACACCGGCGUCCUCGCCCAAGCCGGCCGGCGCAGGGCUCGUUGCGCUGCCGUCCAAGGUGCCGCAAUACGGAGGAGGGGUGCCGUCCAUCACCCUGGCAGCGCCUCAAGGGCCCUCGGCGACACCAGCGAUAGUUAAGCCUCCAACGGUGACGGCGGAGGUAGUUAAAGCCCCAGAGGUAGUUAAGGCCCCAGAAGUAGUUAAGGCUCCAUUAGUAACAAGAGAGGUAGUUAAGGCUCCAUUAGUAACAAGAGAGGUAGUUAAGGCUCCGUCGGUCAUACCAGAGGUGGUUAAGGCUCCAGUAGUGACAAGAGACGUGGAUAAGGCUCCAUCAGUAAUGCCAGAGGUAAUUAUUAAGCCUGCAUCAGUAACACCAGAUGUGACAUCGGUGGUAAAGAAGGCACCAGAGAUGGAAAUUCACGCCCUGCCUAUAGCGACGGCAACGUCUCAGGUACGGUCGGUAACGCCCGAUGAUCCUACCUGCCCACGAGCUGCAGCGCCAGCUUCAACGCUCACGUCGCAGGGGUUUAAAACCCGGGCAGUAGAUGUAGAGGCACUUGAGCCUCCGUCGGUCAAAGCAAAGGUAGGGAAAUCUCCCUCGGCAUUACCAGGAGCAGACGCAUCUUUACCGGUAACAGCAGAGGCUGCUAAAACGCAAUCAGUAGUAUCAGAGGCACCUAAAACACAAUCACUAAUGUCAGAGGCUGCUAAAACACAAUCACUAAUGUCAGAGGCUGCUAAAUCACCAUCUGCAGCUGCAGAGGCUGCUGCAGCACAUUCGUCGUUGUCAGCGUUUCCCGUGCAGUCCACCGCACCGGUGGCGUCCCCGCAUCCUUCGUCCGUCGCUCGGUCGGACCCCUCGGCGAGACCCAAAGAGGAAUUGACCGUGGCAGAUUUUCCGGCACGCGCGGGGGUUACCACGCCGCCCCCCGGAGCGACGAUUGCGGGGGCGGCGGCAGACGUUCGGCCCGCGAACGCCCUCGGCGCUCGGAAGCCUGCGACGGCCGCAACGGUGCCCGAGCGCUCGGCGACGGAGCCGAACCCGGAGCCUGCGCCGCCCGCCUGCGGCUCCGCUGCUGGGGCGACGGCGGCACCGGAAGGCGCCGCGCCUGCGGGGGCGGGGACUGCUCCGGCAGGCUUGGGCGCGCCCGCGGCACGGGCGGCACCGUCGCCGGUAAAGGUCGCGGCAAGAUCCCCACCGUCGCGAGCGGCGGUGGGGAUUGAAGGCGGCACGCACGCAGAAACCGCGGCGGCUGCUGAUGUCCCCGCAGACAGCAAACGGAUCCCUUCCAGUUGCAACGCUGACGAGACCCUCGGCAAAUGUUCAGUCGGCCACCGCGCCAACCAAGAUGACGGCAGAAGCUGAGGUGACUAAAGGGACGAGUGAGCAGGACCCUUCGAAACACUCGGCCACCACCCUGAGUCAGAAGACGGCCCCCACCGGUCCCACCACAGCACCAAGCAGGCCCGCCACAGCACCCACCGUGCCUACCACAGCUCCUACCAGGCCCACCACAGCACCCACCGUGCCCACCACAGCGCCCACCACAGCACCACCCGUGCCCACCACAGCACCC